AUGUUCCUAAAACCUACUACCGGCUUUAAGAGGAUUCUUUUCCUGUUAAUGGUACCCGCUGCUAUUCUGGUGGUCCGUUAUCGCAUGCACAAUCUUGCGACUGUAACAGAUCAGACGCUAUGGCGGUCGAAAACUGCUGGUCUUCAACAGGAGGAUGCACAAGAGAAUGAUAUAACAUCAGAUGGUAACACUAGCCCUUACAAAAUCUCACUCUCCUCUCUGAAUGGAGAUGCCUCGGCCGAAGACUCGUCUCAGUCGGAUCGAACGGCCAGUGGCUCGUUACAGCGCUAUUUCAUACCGCAUGAAAACGCAGAAGACGUCAGUAUUGUGGCUGCAAGAUCUGGACCUGAAUCAACGGACUGGAUAGAAGAGUUUUGCGAAGAUUACAAAUGCACAUCUUACAUCUACUCGUUAGAUGCGCAACCCGAUAGCGAAUUCCUCGUCCCAUACUCCAGAAAGGGCCACGAAGCAAGUGCAUACCUGAGCUAUAUCAUCGACCACUACGAUAACCUUGCACCCUACACAAUUUUCAUCCACGGUCGGGAAGAGCAAUGGCACAACGACGUAGCGGGGCCAAACACGCCAAACGUACUCGCAAACCUCCGGUAUCAAGCCGUCAGCAUAAACGGCUACGUCAAUCUACGAUGCACAAACAGACCCGGCUGCCCAAGCACAAUAUUCCAAGCCCACCCCGUAGCCAUUGACUUCGACUAUCAAUACAUGAUCAACCAGCUACCCGAGGUUCUGGGUUAUCUCCUUGGAAUUGACCCCAGCGAGGUGCCAACUGAUAUUGGGCAUCAAUGCUGCGCACAAUUUGCCGUGACACGGGAACGAAUUCAGGAACGUCCUCAGAGUGAUUAUAUUCGCAUACUGGAGUGGAUUGCCACGACUGAUAUGACGGACAACUAUGGUAUUGGUUGGUUGAUUGAAAAGCUGUGGCAUAUCAUUUUCGGAAUGCCUGCUGUCUACUGUGCGACUGAGGAACAGUGUCGCUGCGAUUUGUAUGGGUGGUGUGGUCCAAAUCCUUCGACCAAUAAUCAGGUCUUGACACCUAUCUCUUGA